UGGUGCACGUGGUGUAGCUGUGGGCCGUUACUACCGGAAAUGCGUCACUCUGGUGUUUUGUUGUGUUCCUGUAAUGGCGGAACACACGGAGGGAGAAAGCGUUGGGUUUAGUGCCAACAGCAGUAGGAUGGCGCAGCAAUCAGCCCCCCGGUUCCCCGGCGCUGUCCCUCCUGUGACUGGGGCAUUACCUCGUAGGCAGCCGUUACUAAGCACUCCCUCCACACCGCCGUUCACGGUGAUGAGAGGCCCAGCUCCAGCAGCACGAGCCCCGUUCGCACGGAUGCCCUUUGACCCCAGUGUCCCCCCGCCGGUGGGAACCGCCCAUUUACAGAGACCACCGUUCAUUCCACCUCCUGUAAAUGCCAUGCCUCCUCCUCCCGGAAUCAUCUUCCCUCCCGGUAUUCCACCUUCGGCUUCACCUGCUGCUGCUUCUCUCACCUCUACAGAAGAGAUCUGGGUAGAAAACAAGAGUCCAGAAGGAAAGGUGUAUUACUAUAACGCACGCACACGAGAGUCGGCUUGGGCAAAACCAGAGGGUGUGAAGGUGAUCCAACAGGUGGAACUCACGCCCCUGAUGAUGAGCCAGGCUGCAGGAGUGGCCUCCAGCAGCCCCAGUCCUUUAAACAACCUCCCAGCAACAGCUGCUGCAUCCUCAAAUACUACACACAUCACCCAGGCUUGUUCCACAGUCAUGAGCUCCACCUCCACCCCCAGUACGAAUGUUGUCUCGCCUCUUCUCCCCACACCUGGAACAGUUCCAGAAGGCACAGAUCUGUCAUCCGCGGUAACUGUCGCCCACACUGUGGCCAUUACCCCCGUAGUUGCUGUCAAUGCCCCUGCAGGGGCAGUCACUGUCACAACUGGGCCACAGCCACUUUCUGUGGCAUUACCCCACACCGUGCCACAGCCCGCUGCAAUCCCAGCAUUCCCACCGGUCAUGGUGCCACCUUUCAGAGUGCCUCUGCCUGGAUUGCCCAUCCCACUACCCGGUGUAGCAAUGAUGCAGAUAGUCAGCUGUCCUUAUAUAAAGACUAUCUCUCCCAACAAGAAUGGUAUGCUUUCUGGCAUGGCACCUUCGCUUUUACCCAUGAUGCCUCCUCAGAUGACAGUAGCAGCAACCACGUCCCCACUGUCAGGAGGAGAUUGGUCAGAGUUUAAAACUGCAGAAGGGAAGUCAUACUAUUACAACAAACGCACACUGGAGACCACAUGGGACAAGCCUGAGGAGCUCAAAGACAAAGAAAAGGAGCUUGAUAAAGCAAAGGACACUGAAGAUACUCAGGAAACUGAGUUCAUGCAGGUGGACGAUGGGAGCCCCAUGAUUUAUCCACCUAUAGAGAAAAAGGAGGAGCCCAAGGAGGUAGAGAUGACUGAAGAAGAGAAGGUCGCUAAGAAAUCCAAACCUGUAGCCACCAACCCCAUUCCAGGCACACCAUGGUGUGUGGUUUGGACUGGGGAUGAUCGUGUGUUCUUCUACAACCCCACCACACGUAUGUCCAUGUGGGAAAGGCCGGAGGAGCUGGUGGGGCGAGCUGAUGUUGAUAAGAGUAUACAAGAGCCACCACAUAAGAGAGGCCAGGACAAUGGCCCUAAGUCAGUAAUUGUUAAGCAGGAACAAGAGCUUGCAGCUACAGAGGAUACAUCAGAGGAUGAGCCCAGCAGUGCCAAAAAAAGAAAAUUAGAGGAGAAAAUGGAGGCAGAUUUGGAGAAGGAAGCAGCAGUGGAGGCUGAGCUGAGAGCAGCGAGGGAGCGUGCUGUGGUUCCACAAGAGACUCGGAUGAAUCAAUUCAAAGACAUGCUACUAGAGAGAGGGGUUUCAGCAUUUUCUACAUGGGAGAAAGAGCUACAUAAGAUAGUCUUUGAUCCUCGUUAUCUGCUUUUGAACCCCAAAGAACGGAAGCAGGUAUUUGAUCAGUACGUAAAGACGCGUGCUGAAGAGGAGAGGAAGGAGAAGAAGAACAAGUUAAUGCAAGCUAAAGAGGACUUCAGGAGGAUGAUGGAAGAAGCCAGACUUGGUGUCAGAACCACGUUCAGCGAGUUUGCAACAAAGCAUGCUAGGGAUGCACGGUUUAAAGCUAUUGAGAAGAUGAAGGACAGAGAAUCCAUUUUCAUUGAGUUUAUGACAUCUCUCAAAAAGAAAGAGAAGGAGAACUCAAAGAACCGAGGAGAAAAGGUGAGACAGGACUUCUUCGAGUUGCUGUCUGAUCACCAUGUGGAUGGUCAGCAGCGCUGGAGCAAAGUUAAGGAGAAGAUGGAGACGGAUCCUCGGUACAAAGCAGUGGAGACUUCAGCUGCACGAGAGGAACUCUUCAAAAGCUUUGUGGAGAAGCUUGCCAAGAACUCAAACUCAGAGAAGGAAAAGGAGCUGGAGAAGCAGGCGCGGAUCGAAGCCAGCCUGAGGGAAAGGGAGCGGACGGUGCAAAGAUUUCGCUCUGAGCAGACCAAAGAGAUUGACCGUGAACGAGAGCAGCACAAACGAGAGGAGGCUGUGCAACACUUCAAAGCUCUCAUGUCUGAUAUGGUCAGAUCAUCAGAUGCCUCCUGGUCUGAAACACGACGUUCCCUGAGGAAAGACCACCGCUGGGAGACUUCUUCAUUGCUGGAGCGAGAGGAGAGGGAGAGGCUUUUUAAUGAGCACAUUGAGGCACUAGCUAAAAAGAAGAAGGAGCUGUUCCGCCAACUUUUAGACGAGACGCCUACGAUCACACUGACAUCGACAUGGAAGGAGGUGAAAAAGGGCAUCAAAGAGGAUCCAAGGUGUAUGAAGUUUUCUAGUAGCGAUCGGAAAAAACAGAGAGAAUUUGAAGACUAUAUUAAAGACAAGCACAUUUCAGCAAAAGCAGACUUCAGAACUCUGCUGAAAGAGACCAAGUUCAUCACAUACAAAUCUCGUAAGUUGAUACAGGAGUCUGAGCAGCACCUGAUGGACAUGACGAAGAUCCUGCAGAAUGAUAAACGCUAUCUGGUACUGGACUGUAUGUCUGACGAGAGACAUAAACUCAUCAUGGCAUAUGUGGAGGAGCUGGAGCGCAGGGGACCUCCUCCCCCUCCCACAGCCUUCGAACCUGCCCGGCGUUCCACCAAGUGAUCUAACUCAAAUACUCUCGUUCCAGAACUUUUUUUUCUCCCCCACUUUGGUACCAUUAUCUUCGUACGCUUCCUCAGAACAUCUGAGUAAACCAAGGCUGGUUGACUAGUGGAAGCAGGUGUGCUGAUGAACUUCUGUGAAAAUUCACCUCUUGCAUGAAUGACAGCUGAGAACAUCUGUCUAAAACGGUUAGAGAGGCAGUGCAACGAAUAUCCGUUCCAAGCCCAGAUGAACCCACCUGAUACCAUUAUGGUGUGAUGGAUUUGCAUUAGUUCUGCAGGGUUAACUGUGUUUGUAUUGUGCCGAGGAAAAUGCCCAGGAUCGAGAUAGACAGAGCAGCAAAGACCAUCUGUACUCCCUAUUCCACUCUUUUUAUCAGAACCUGUGGCCGAAUCAUAAUCCAUUAAAUUUGCUUUGAUUUUUGUACACAGUUUAUCUUUAAUAUUUGCAACUGCAGUCCUCCACUGUGUCCUUCAUCUACUGAAGCACCUCGGUUCAUCUCUCGUUUUAACUCACAACUUGUGUAAAAAGAUAUUUUUUAAAUAAUGGAUGGGUGUUGAUUCCUGAUUCAUUACCACAUGUAAUAGUCUGUGCAAGCAGUGACCAAGCCAGUCUGCUGCUAAUGGGGUUUAAUUUAAUUGAUCAAAUGUUUUUGAAAAGAUGACCAUAUUUUGUAGCAUCAGUGUUUCUGUACAAGUUGACUGGAAUAAAAGCGACCUAUUUUUUA